AUGACAUUUCUGAAAAAUUACAGCGUGCAAAUCCGUACGCUAUUGUUGCUACUGGCAGGUGUCGUGGCAGGCUUGCAGGAGAACAUGGUCGUCUACCCCCGUCUCCUCGAAGAAAGAGGGGAUGAUGGUGCGAUGGUUGUUAGCAUUCACGAUGGAUUGGCCCUCAACUUACGAAAAGUAUCCGUCACAGCGCCGACGCUUGUGGUUCAUGAACAUGAAAAUGGGAAACCUAUCGUUCGUUUCUACAGAGGCGAUGAUAUCGACAGAAACCUUCAUGAGGAUGAAAAACAGCUGGCCACAGUAAUGGUUAGCAUAGUCAACAACGCUCUUCAACUGGAAGGUGUCGUUGGACCACGGCACAGGAUUUCACCGGCACCGGAAAUGGAAAGGUCAGAGGAAGGUCACGUUGCGCACGUGAUAAACGAAAUCGACGAGCAGCCAAACGACAUGUUCGAUGGCCUAGUUGCUAACAAAACGGACAAAGCCUCGCUGCUCGCAGAGAGACAAUACAACUAUUACCAAACGGUUCCAGCGGAAGUCACUGUAGAGCUGUUCGUAAUCUCGGAUAAGAUCCAUCAGCAGCGUUUCACUCAGACGCAACGCCUGCUCAGCUACAUGUGCGUCAUGGUUAACAGCGCCAACUUGCGCCUGCAAGACACGAGUGCCCCAAGGAUAAAACUCCUUCUGGUCGGACUCGAGAGAGUUCAUAAUGCAUGGAACGAACCCUACCUGAAAGGGGAUGACCAGUACAUGGACGACACAGAGACCAUCACCAAUCUAGUCGAGCACAUCAAGACGAGAAAACAUCUAUAUGGCGAUCCUGAUGCGGUGUACUUAGCUACAGGGCGUGACAUGUAUGCAAUGGAUAGUGGUGCACCAGAUACUCGGCGUAAAGGACUGGCCUUUGUCGCUGGGGUGUGCACCGAGCUGUUCGUGGCUAUUGGUGAAGACAACGCCGGCUCCUACGACGGGAUGCACGCCCUGACGCACGAAGUGGCGCAUUUAUUGGGCGCCGCCCACGACGGGGACGCACCGAAGACCAACAUCGUGCCGGGUCACCCUGGCGCGCUGGCGUGCCCGUUCAGCCAGGGAUACAUCAUGAGUUACGUCAACACUGGACCCAACUACCACCGUUUCUCUCCGUGCAGCGUUGUUCAGAUUCGAUACGUCAUGAGGCUCCGAGGGCCGCUCUGCUGGCAGGUUAAAUCCCAGGGACACAAAGUGGAUGGCUACUACCCGGGCAUGCUGGUCACGCCACUCAACAUUUGCAAAUACAAAUUCCCCCGAGAACAAAGUGUGAAUGCGGACACGUCGCUUGCUGUCCUUAAGAGAUGCAAGGUGCGAUGUACGUACUCCAAGCUUCGGCACUUGUAUGGCCGAGCCUAUAAGUUUCCAGUGCAAGUGGAAUUCGAAGCACCCGACCAUGCACGCUGUGGCGACAGGACGGUCUGCAUACGAGGAAUAUGUGGCUUGAAAUGAGACGGAAGACACGUAUUUAUAAAAUACGUUUUUGUCAAACUUAUGGGAAGUGAAAAACAAUGCAUGCACAACAAUGAUCACAUUAUGAACAAUCUUAUAUUUUUUUGCAAUGAAUAAACUACGAGCAUAUAUUAGAUUU